AUGGCCAUUGAAGCCAUCGGAAAGAACAAAAAUUCUCAGUAUCCGGGCCGCAGCCAGACUGUACAACGUUCCCGAAGCAACGAUUCGCCACCGACGCUGCGUGGUGUGGAAGAUAUGGCCAACCACCUGCUCCGCGAACGCGAUGCUCCCCCUGUCGGCAAGCUCUGGGCCCACAACUUUGUUAAACGCCAGCCACAGCUCCGUACGUGUCGUACGCGUCGAUACGACUACCAGAGGGCCAAGAGCGAAGAUCCAAAGAUCAUUGGCCAGUGGUUUACGCUUGUACAGAACACUAGGGCCAAAUAUGGGAUUGUUGAUGACGAUGUCUAUAACUUCGACGAGACUGGGUUUAUGAUGGGCAUCAUCUUCGCGGGUAUGGUAGUUACGACCUCAGACGGCCGUAGCAAGGCUAAACUAGCCCAGCCUGGUAACCGCGAGUGGGCGACUGUAAUCCAGGGAGUUAACGCCCUUGGCUGGGCCAUCCCUCCAUUCAUCAUCCUGGCCGCGCAAUACCACCUCGCCAACUGGUACCGCGAGUGCAAUCUACCACUCGACUGGCGCAUGGCAACUACCGACAAUGGCUGGACUACCAAUGCAGUUGGCCUUGACUGGAUCAAGCACUUCGACUACCAUACGGCGCCCCGGACAAAGGGUAUAUACCGGUUAUUGAUCCUCGACGGCCACGAAAGCCACCACUCCCCCGAGUUCGAGCUCUACUGCCGGGACAACAAGAUCAUCACACUCUGCAUGCCUGCACACUCCUCCCACAAGUGCCAGCCACUUGAUGUUGGCUGCUUCGGGCCACUGAAGCAGGCAUACGGUCGCCUGAUCGAGGAGCUGAUGCGCGCACACAUCAACCAUAUCACCAAGCUCGAGUUCCUUUGUGCCUUUCGCGAAGCCUUCUUUGCUUCCAUGACAGAGAGGAAUAUCCAGGGUGGCUUUGCAGGAGCUGGCAUCGUACCGUACGAUCCAGAGAGGGUGCUUUCCAAGCUGGAUAUAAAGGCUUCGUACACCAACACCCCCGACCUCACGGCCCGGUACUGCACAACCUUGGGUCUCCAAAACCCCACACAACGCCCAGGAAGCCAGCUCGCAGUCAAACCCUUAUUAAGUCUCGCAUUGCCAGCCAUCAAAACAGCUCCCCAGCUUCCAAUGUUGGCUGCUGUUGACCAGCUUACCAAAGGUACAACGGCUGUAAUGCACCAGGUUGGCUCUCCUUCAGUCAGAGGCCUUCCUUCGCUCCGCAAGGCCAACGAGGCACUGAGCAAGCGACGGAGGGGCCAAAAAAACACGUGUACAGCUUGGAGGGUCACUUACUGUACAGGAUGCACAGGAUCUACUGGACCAGAGGGCUGUGGGUAA